AUGUCCCGGAUAUCAUCAUCGUACGGCGUAGAAUGGUCCGGCGUUGAUCGCGACUGGAUUCACAGAGACGGAAAGCAUGAGAGGGAGAACUGGAAGGAAAUAUUGGAAGCGGAUAAGGGCGUGCAGGAUGAGGGGGAGGCGGAAGAGGCGGAAGAGGAGGAGGAGGAUCCCGUUUGUCCGCUCUGCAUCGAGCAUCUCGACGAAACCGAAGUCCGAUUUCGACCCUGCCCUUGCGGGUACCGCGUGUGUCUCUUCUGCUACGAGCGUAUCAAGCUCGAACUCAACAGCCUCUGCCCCAGCUGCCGCACCCCCUACGGCGUCCCCCAACCUCCCUCCCCGUCCGCUGCUGAUAAGCCAGCCGCAACAGCCAGAGCCGCAACUGGAAAGAAAGUGAAGGGUGCAGCCAAUGGGCGAGUGACAGGUGGCAGCGGCGGGCUGGAGAGCAGCGGGAAAGCGGGAGAGAGGGGUCGAGGAGGAGGAGGAGGAGGAGGAGGAGGAGGAGGAGGAGGAGGAGGAGGAGGAGGAGGAGGAGGAGGAGGAGGAGGAGGAGGAGGAGGAGGAGGAGGAGGAGGAGGAGGGGGGAGUGUAGUUGUGGGGUAUGGGGGCGGAGGCAGCUGGGAAGGAGGAGGGGUGGUGGUAGUGCGAACGUCCGUUGGUCCCGGCAAGCUUACCGGAAGUGGUGGGACUGGCCGGGCUGAUAUCCUCGCUGGCUCUACUAACGGCAUUGCUACUGCUGCUGCUGUUGGUGGUGCUGGGGUGGGGACUGGGGGAGGGGUUGCUGUUGGGGCUGCUGGUGCUGGUUUCGCUGGUAUUGGCAGUGGUUUUGGUGGGAUGAUGGGAGGAAUGAGGGGGUUCAACCCGCCAAUUUCAGCCAUGGCGUCUUCGCCUCUCAUGCAGCUCUCUCCCUCCUCUCCACUCACUGCUCUCGCCCUCCACUCCACUCACCGGUAUGCAUCUCAACCGCUCUGCAUCCCACCCGCUCUCUCUCUUUCCGCAUAA